UUAUCCAUAGUUUUUCAUCUGCCACAUAGAGGAGAGAGAAGUGGAGGAGUGAAGAGAGGAAGGAAAGAGAAUGGAAGCAUGUUUUCUCACUUCAAAUUCCUUCACCAGAACCAUAGAACUACUCCCUUCAAUCAAAGCUAGAAAUCUCACCUACCCCAAGAGAAAAGCCAAUCAAUUUCAAUGUAGAAAAGCUCCAUUUCCAUCUUCUAUAACGUGUUGCCAUCUGGGGUCUUCAUCUUCGUCUGAGGAUGCUGACAAACCUUCCAUUAGUGCUGAUUGGAGAUCAUUCAGAGCAAGAUUGGUGGCUGGAGAACAAGCAUCAAGGCUGGAAGAGCCUUCCUCAUUGGUUGAUCCUGAUUCUGCAGUGGAUCAUCCUCUACCCAUCACAAUUGGGGACAAAUGGGUCCACACCAUCCAUGAACCUGAAAAGGGCUGCUUACUCAUUGCCACAGAAAAGCUUGAUGGAGUCCACAUUUUUGAACGAACGGUGAUCCUGCUAUUAUCAACUGGUCCUGUGGGUCCAACUGGCAUCAUACUCAACAGACCCUCUCUCAUGUCAAUAAAGGAAACAAGAUCAACAGUUCUGGAUGUUGCAGGCACCUUCUCGGAUAUGCCACUGUUCUUUGGAGGACCCAUAGAGGAGGGCCUGUUCCUGGUGAAUAGCCCAAAAGGGGAUGAUGAUGGAGUGGUGAAGACUGGGCUUUUUGAGGAGGUAAUGAAGGGUUUGUAUUAUGGGACCAAGGAGAGUGUGGGUUGUGCAGCAGAGAUGGUGAAGAGGAAUGCUGUUGCGGUUGAGGACUUCAGGUUCUUUGAUGGGUAUUGUGGGUGGGAGAAGGAGCAAUUGAGAGACGAAAUAAGAGCUGGGUAUUGGACUGUAGCUGCUUGUAGCCCUAGUGUAAUUGGGCUGACCAGUGUUGGAAGUGUGGGAUUGUGGGAAGAAAUCAUUGGGCUUAUGGGCCCUAGAAAGGUCUGGUGACACUCCACUCUUGGGCCGUCAAUUCCUAAACUCAAGUGCUGCACUGCACUAGGUCAAGUUCAGUAUGAUUUUAGGCUUUUGCAGGGCACACAAGGGGAAAAAAACGAUAAAUCUUCUGAAAUGUAUCUCUGAACUAAUUGCAGGGUCUAAGGAAAAGCAUUUCAAAUGUAGCCUUACCCUCAUAAGAAAAAGUUUGAGGCUCUAGUGGUUGUAUAUUAUGCAUUUUGCUUUUCAACAUUUGGUUUAAAUGUAGAUUGUGUAGCGUUUGACCAAAGCAUGUAUGUGUUUUGUUUUAAGGCAUGCUUGGAGAAGUGUAAGCGUUUGAACAUGAAGCACCCAAUUAAUCUGAUUCACAUGUCUCA